AUGCGACGCCGCGCCGCGCUCUGCGUCCUCGCCUCGACGCAAGCCCUCACGCUGCCGACGCUACGACGACGACGAAAAGCGCCGCCGCCGGAGGAGCUCGAACGGUGGUUGGAUACGGCUGCUACUGUCCGAGUACGCGCCACACCGGAAGAGUGCUACGCCGCGUACAGCGACCUGACGCGCAUGCCCGAGUGGUGCCCUUUACUCUCAGAAGUGACCUUCGACGAGGCGACGCGCAAGAGCGAGUGGCGCAUGGGUUUUAAAGGCGUGUCCGUGGGAUGGACGGCCGAGAAUUUGGAGGAACGGCCGCCCGAACUACUCCGGUGGACGUCGAAGGCGGGGACCGAGAAUUAUGGGGCGGCGUCCUUCACGCCCGUUGCCGAUGGCACGGAGGUCGAGGUGAAAAUUACGUAUCGGACGCCGCGGGCCAUCUAUGCCAUCGUGGAGGGUAGACGGGCCCAGUCGAUCAUCCGCUCGUUGCUAAGGGCGACGCUCGUGCGCUUCGGGAAGAAGAUGGAGGGAAUGUUUCCCGAGGACGACGCGCUGGUCGCGGAUCGGAUCGCGGACGAGCUCGCGGAGUAAGACUGUUGUGUGUGCGUCGAUGGCGUCAAAGGGGUUGUUCCAAAUACAGUUACGUUCACAGAGAAGCGUCCGCCUUGCGCAGGCGGAGAUGUACAAGAAAGAUCGAUCGAUUCACUCGGCGGGCCCGGCCUCCGAGACGAGCGGCGCGUAGGCCGCCUGUUGUCGACGCGGCGCCACACCACGUGGAGCUUUGGUCCGAAAUGAUGGUGAAGCUCGAUUUGUGGAAGGCGCCGGACCCGGAGCGCGUGCGGAACCGGGCCGCGGCGUCGACGCACGCCGUCCACGCGACGCUGCCUUUGUCUGAAGUCGUGGCCAACUGGGACGAGCUCGCCGAGGCGCUCGGGGGGAGCGUCUUCGAGGACAUGCUCGCCUGA